UCUGUGAAGACCGCAGCGUUCAUUGUUUCACUGAGGAUCAUCUCAUCUGGACAGGGAUCAUGGCCUACCAGUUCAAACUGGCUGAAAAACUGCUCAUACUCAAUGAACGGGGUCAAGGAGUGCUGAUCAGGAUGAACCACAUUAAAAAGGUAUGCACAGACUCAAAGCGAAGACCAUCAUACUUCACUGAAAAAAGCAUGGAGUCUUCUGUAAAAUACAUCAACAGAAAAUUCCCCAACAUUGACAUCAGGGGUGGCAGUCAACAUCUGAGCAGCGUACAGAAGCAGAAGUCAGCUGUGUUGGAGGGCCUGCACAGUUACUACGAGUCCUUCAUCGAUGUCAUGGAGUUCAGGGACCAUGUUUAUGAGUUGCUCAACACAAUAGAUGCCUGCCAGUGCUACUUUGACAUAGCUGUAAAUUUUGACCUCACCAAGAACUACCUGGACCUUAUCGUCACCUACGCCUCAGUCAUUUACAUGCUGUCCCGUAUUGAUGACAAGAAGGCAAUUGUUGGAAUGUAUAACUGUGCAUUUGAGUUCUGCAAUGGAAACAGUGAUCCCUCAUUCCCUCGACUUGGUCAGAUGUUUAUUGAGUACGACCAUCCCUGGAAAAAACUUUCAGAGGAGUUUGGUCCCCACACCAAGUCUGUGACAGGGGCUCUCCUCUCGCUGCGCAUGGUGUAUCCGCGGAGGAAUCUGUCUGCUGAUCAGUGGCGCAGCGCUCAGCUCUUGUCUCUGCUGGCGUCCCCUGCUGCCAUGCUCAGCCCUACGUGCUGUGACACCAUGGCUUGUGAGUAUCUGUCCAUGGAGGUGAUGGAGCGCUGGAUCCUCAUUGGCUUCCUGUUGUGCCAUAGCAGUCUAAACGCCAAUGCAGACUCUCAGAAUCUGUGGAAGAUGGCCCUGCGUAACGGCCUGUACCUCACAGUCAUCAGAGACGAGAUACUCAACAUACACAAGCUCUCCGAGGACUUCUUCGACAGUCUCAAAGGGUACAGUAAGCGCAUUCCCGACAUCAAAGAAUGCAAAGAGUAUGUCAUCAUUAACUGCGGGGCAUUGCGGAGAGAGAAGCGCAACUUCCUGAGAAAUGCCCUGAAGGAACUUACCAAAGUUUUGGAGGAUGAACCUGCUUUGCUUGGACCCAAGGCUUUGUUUGUGUUCAUGGCGCUGUCGUUCUCCCGAGACGAAGUGCUCUGGCUUGUGCGUCAUGCAGAGAACAUCCCCAAAACCAAGACCCCGGAGGACUACGCAGACUCACAGAUGGCAGAGCUCCUCUACUACAUGGAAAAGUUGCGCACUCUGUUGGCUCAACACAGAUAUGUUAUACAACGCUACCAUCUGCAGUACUUGUCACAGUAUGAUGCUCUAGCGCUGAACGACACCAUUCAGGGUAUGUACGUCUGUCCGGAGGAAGAAUCCGUUCUUAUGUCGUCGUUUGUCUCAACUCUGUCCGCACUGAGUCUCAAGCACUUGGAUGCAGGAGAAGAGUUUGAUCUGAAACCAUUCAGACUGGACUGGUUAAGAUUGCAGGUGUACACCAGUGCUGGUAAAGCUGCUCUGGCACUGAAGGACUACCCUGAUCUUGCCAAGGUCAUGAACAUGGCCCAGUUUCACACUAGGAUGAUGGACAAUGUGAAUGAACUCCUCUGUGAGACGGCUGAUCUCUCUAUUCUCUGUUUGUUUGAGAGAGAGUCAGCCUUCACAACUGUUUACAGGGUAAUUGUGCAGAUGGCCAAUUAUAAUCAGAGCACUCAUGAAAUCGCCCGACCCACUGACCUGCUGGCUGGGAUUCAAGCGUAUGUUACGAGUCUGCAUAGCCUCAGCUGCUACAUCAACAUUGAUGUCACACGACUGGUGAAGAACGUCUUGUUGCAGCAGACGCAACCGCUGGACUCAUAUGGCACUCAGACCAUCACAACACUCUAUACAAACUGGUUUCUGGAGGGUCUCUUGCGUCAGGCCAGCAGUGCUCUCAUAGUCCACUGUCCUACCACACAGUGUUUUGUAAACCAGAAUACUGAGAAUGAGCAGAGCUUUCAUGCUGAGGAAUACGCGGACAUCUGUGGGUUGCGAUCAUUGGCUGAACUGAUUGGCCCUUAUGGACUGAAGUUUUUAAAUGAGAACCUCAUGUGGCACAUCAUAUCCCAAGUUGGAGAACUGAAGAAACUUGUAAGUGACAACAUGGAUGUCCUGGUGCAAAUGAGAGCUAACUUUGAAAAUCCUGAAGCAAUGAGUGACCUUCAAAAGAAACUAACAGGCUGUGAGAAUGUUUUGAAGAGAAUGACGAUUAUUGGUGUGAUUCUGUCAUUUCGCUCUAUGGUCCAAGAAGCUCUUGCGGAGAUCAUGGACAGACACUGCCCAUUUCUAACGAGACCCAUCAAAUGCCUAAAGGACUUCAUCUACCCUGAAGGUGACAUCAAGGUCACACUCGGUGUAUAUGAAAUGGCUUCAGCAGCUGGUUUGCCUUGUGAGAUCGACCCUACGCUGGUUUCAGCGAUAGCAAACAUGCAGACAGACAACUCGUCCAUUGAGGAGGAGUUCAAAAUUACCUGCUUGCUGCUGGUUUAUAUAGCCGUGUCUUUACCCACCCUGUGCCUGGAUCCAAACUCUUUCUACCGCCGAGAACAUGGAGGUCAUCAAAACAACAUUCAUUGCUUAGCCACUGCAGUUAACCAUCUUGCUGCAGCUAUGUUCACUGUCCAGAGAAAAAAUAUCCAGACACAGCUUCAAGAAUUCCUGAAGGUGGCAUCAUCUAUCUUACUGCAAUUAGGUCAGAAUGUGGAGCGAAUGGAAAUAAAGAACAGAGAUUCCGUUUAUCUCAUUCUACACAUGAUAGUGGAGCAGUCACCGUUCUUGAGUCAAGACAUGCUGGAAAUGUGUUUUCCAUAUGUACUCCUCCGAAACGCUUACAGAGAGGUGCACAAGACCUUCAUCCACACUAUGGGCUAAACUUAUGAGGAUGUAAAAUCACCACUUUGUUUUUGUACGCAUCGUAGUUUAACAAUUUAAAUUGAUAUUCAGCUGGUUUAAUUUUUAUUGUGAAUACUUGUCUAAGUAGAUUCCAGUGGACUCUGGUGAAAUUAGGGGAAAAUAACAAUAUAUAGAAAGGCGUUAGCAGUAUACAGCUGCAUAUAAUACUUAUUUAAGUUUUUAACUUUUUGACACAAUGAUUAAUAACAGAAAGUUGUAUUUUCAUGUAGGUCAUUCUCACGAGCUGUUGCAUUAUACAAAUUCACUGAUAACCAUAAUUUGCACAUUUUUAAAAAUCUUCUUUAUUGCUCCAGAAUAUAAAUAGAAAUUGCAGUGCCCAGCAGAAGCAUCUAAACCAGUAUAUAAUAAUAACCUGCUAGCAUACUAAAAUAGUUUCUAGACAAUGACUGUGAUUGUGCUGUACAUCGC